GUUUAGACAUACAGGCCGUCUUAAUCGGCAAUGCCUAGUUAUAUCAUAACUAAAAGUACAUAAAAAGCGUUUGGUAGCAGUUUGGGGAUAUCGUAUUUUACAUGUUCUUAUUUGAAAAUAAUCGCCAUCGAUACAGGAAACAUCUUAUGUGGACAAUUCUGACAAAGAUUUUGUUUAAUUCCGACAUCGCAAAGCAUUUUAUCCUUACAAGAAAGUUCUCAAAAGGAUGUUUAUUUGAAGCAUACGAAAGAAGUGACAUAUGGCUGUUUUACCAUGGCACUGAAGUGGCAUUAUCUACCUGUAAUCAUAUCUGUUGCUGUGGUCUGCUUAUUUGAUGUAUCUGGUGGUGUGGGUCUGGUGGUGCACAGGAAACAGGGGAGCUCAGCAUUGCUAAAAUGCAAUGUGGCUCUUCCAUCUGAAGGCCCAACAGCCACCCUCUAUGUGGUGGAGUGGGUACGCCAGGGCUACGACACCCCUGUCCUCAUCAAGUUUGGAACAUAUGUGCCACGUAUCCAUCCACACUAUGAAGAUCGCAUAUCUCUUUCUGGGGCUACAGACCUGUUGGUAGUGGGCCUCAAAUUAGAUGAUGGGGGCUGGUAUGAAUGCCGUGUUCUUCUGCUGAACAAACCAUCUGAUGAGACUCGAAAUGGGAGCUGGACCCUGCUCUCUGUCACAGCACCACCAGUGUUCAGUGAAACACCAUCCCUGGUCACAGAAGUCUUCUUGAGUAGACCUAUCACUCUGAAGUGUGUUGCCCAUGGCAACCCUCCGCCCAUUAUCAAGUGGUAUAAAGAUGGUGUCCUAAUGAAUCAGACAGGAAAUGUUAAGGUUUUGAAUGGCAGUUUGUCUUUCUCCUCUGUGAAAAAAGACACAGCAGGACACUAUCAGUGCCAUGCCUCCAACAGCGAGGGUAAUGAAAUUUGCUCCACACAGCUCAGGGUUAAAGGUCCUCCUGCUAUCAUAAUUCCCCCAACGAACACAAUUCUCAACCUGUCUCAGAAUGCCUUGCUGCAGUGUCAGGCAGAGGCAGACCCUCCCAACAUGACCUACGUGUGGCUGAGGGAAGGAGAAAACGUCUACCACAUAGAAUCUCUGAAGACACGUGUAAAGGUGAUGGUUGAUGGCACACUCCUCAUAUCCCAUCUUACACCGGGGGAUUCCGGAAACUACACAUGCAUGCCCACGAAUGGGCUUCCAGUCCCGCCCACUGCCUCAGCCAUCCUUACUGUGCAAUACCCAGCUCAGGUGACCCAGAUGCCUGAGUGGACUUUCCUUCCUACUGGUAUGAGAGGGGUGAUCUCCUGCCCUCUAUCUGCUGAGCCCCAACUGCUCCGAGUGGCCUGGACCAAAGAUGGGAAAGCAUUGGAUCUACGUUCGUACCCUGGCUGGGCACUGACUGCAGAAGGUUCCAUUGUCAUAGCAACAACUAACGAUGAUGCAACUGGUGUUUACACCUGUACUCCUUAUAACAGCUAUGGAACAAUGGGCCAAUCAGAGCCUACCACUGUCAUUCUACAGGACCCUCCAUCUCUCAGGGUGUCUCCCCAGAGUGAAUAUAGGCAGCAGGUGGGUCAGACACUCCUGAUUCCAUGUCAGGCACUUGGAGAUCCUCCACCUACAGUCAAGUGGGCCAAGCCUGGUGCCUCUUCUAGCUAUUUUUACUCCAUAACUUCAAACGGCUCCCUACUUCUGCAGCCACUGGGUAAAGAGCACCAUGGUGAGUGGGAGUGUCAUGUGAUUAACCGCGUGGCCACCAUCAAAGCCACCACCAGUGUCUCGGUACUCGGUACAAGCCCCCAUGUAGUGUCUUCAGUGUCUGUGGAAGCAGAGAUAGACCAGGCCAAUAUAUCCUGGGAGCCUGGAUUUGAUGGAGGCUAUAAACAGACAUUCUCUGUCUGGCUGAAGUGUCUGUGUGCAGAUGGGGAACUCCAGGAAUGGAAGUCCAUUCUGGCAUACUCCUCCAGCCUCAGCCUACUGGUCACAGGCCUGCUUCCCUCAACUGAGUACCAAUUCAGAGUGAUGGCCCACAACAAACUGGGCAGUGGUCCAUUCAGUGAGAUCGGCACUGCCAGAACUCUAGAUAAGCAUCCUGUGGGGUCCAGGCUGGAACCACCCACACUACUAUCAUUCAAUCAGAGCUCUGAGGGUGUUUAUCUGUGGUGGGCAGCACCACAACUGCCCAUCGAUGGCUUCCUCCUCCAAUCACGUCUCAAGGAAGGGGAGUGGCUAAAUUUGGAUGUGGACAUUAGUGCAAAUAAAACUGACAUGCUCAUUAAGGGGUUGCAAAAGAAUUCUAACUAUGAGCUAAGACUACUGUCUCGCAGUGGGCAAAAUCUAAGUAUGCCUAGUCGCUCAGUCAACAUCUCUACUCUUGGUAUGGAAGAGUAUCUGACUAGUCCCCAACUCCUUGAAUUUGCUCCCCAUCAGCUAUUGGUUGGAAUCAUAGGUGGAAUGGGCUUCUUGUGCUUGGUAUUUCUACUAGUUUUGGCCAUGUUGUUCGUGAUUAGCCAAAGAAGAAGUCAGCGACAGGAGAAAUAUAGAGAGGAUCUUACUCCUGUUGUGUAUGUGUGCCAAUCCCUGAAAGAUGGCACAGCUCCCAAUAGCCCUGACAGUGUCCUGAAGCAGAAUCUCCUCCCACCUUGCUCCCUCUCCAGCUCUUCUUCCUCCUUCGGCAAGUCCAGCUGCAGUGAGUACCAUGGGCAAAGGCAGCAAAAUCUUCCAUGUACUAAACCUUCGCACAGCUCCCUACCUGAGACUCACCUCCACAGGGGUCCUCUGGGGUCCCCAGUUUGCUCUGUGGAGCUCAUUUACCGGGGAGCAGAUGGCCGUUUCAUGCUGAAACCUUAUGAAGAAAUCAGUGCAGCAGCUCCUGCAACACAAACAAUCCCAAGGCCAAGCUUGUUACAGAUAUCAGAUGGAGCUGACAAUUCCAUGGUUCAGAACUCACAGUCCUUGUACUCCUAUGAGGAAAAAAGAAGACAUCCUCCGUUCGUCCUUUCUGUGGAUUUGACCACUUGUGGCUCAGACAGCUGCCCUUCAGGCACAGUGCAAGCAAUGCCUGAACAACACUCUUUGCAAAGAUUCCCAUCCCAGUUCAAGGAGCAGGAAUUAUCAAACCAACCCCUAGAUCAGUCAAGUCUCAUCUCUGAGUGCAGUAGUUCCACACUCCUCACACCCUCUGAGCGCUAUAAAACCCUGAACUGCAGCAGUGUACGCUCUGCGGCCAGUACCCUGGUCCUGCAGAUGGAACAUGAGAGGGAACAGGGUAACCUGAGCCACUGCCUGAGGCUGGCCCGUGAGAGGGAGGAACUGGAGCGAGAGCUUCGCAGGUAUACUCUUGAUUGGGACUGCCAUGUCAACCACCACAAGAGUGCAGGUUCACUCAGAGUGGAACAAAGUAGAAAUGUUGAAAACAUUGAGGAAAUGGGCACAGACAUUGGAGCCCUGCAGGGUAAGCAGUUGUCCAGCAGAGGGCACUGUGUGUCCAACAAUCCAAGUGUUCCAGGAAUAAGAGCUUCUUCCUGUAUUGUGUGGGAGGCUAGCCCUAUGAUGGCUGCUCGCAGCUUGGUUCCGGCACAAGUAUCCCAAGAAAGGGGUGUUGGGUUGUCAAAGGGUUCUCGCUGUAGCCAGAUGUCAAACCAACACAAAUCUCAAAGUCUAGAGCAGGGUGAGCACCAAAAGUCCCAUUUUAAAGAACAGAGGCAGAGAUGUACCAUGACUGAAGGUGCCUCUGCCUGUGUUGACAAUGAAUCUUUUUACACCACAUUGGAAAAUGUUCAUUACACUUUGAAGGGCAGCCAGAAGAAUGCACGAACCUAUAAUCUCAGUCAGCACUGUAUUGUUCCCAAACUGAGUCAUUCAGUUCAAAAGCAGCUGGAUAGGACUGCAGAAAGGAGUGAGACUGGCUGUACUGGUGACUAUGUGGAGAUGUGUGUGGAUGAACCUGAGGUACAGGCAGAGGGCCCGCUUACAAGGUCCAUGCUAGACCACAGUCAGGAGACGCAGGAUUAUCACAGGCCAAUUUUAUAUCAGAUAUCAAAGGAGAUAGUGGAAGAAAGAGUAGGAGGUUUCAGAUGGGAUCUAGAAAAGUUGAGUCAGUCAAGCAGGACACUACCUUCAGUAGGUGGCCAAAGUCCAACUCUCCAGCAUAAACAUCACAUGGCUUCAAAACACAUAAAUCACCAUAAGAGUGCACCCAUCCUGAACUCUAAAAUGAACAAAGAGGUGUUCUUGACCCCUGAUGCCUGGAUUAACUCUUUGCAGAACUCCCAUUCCCAUUUUGUAUGUCGGCCUGACUCAGUGGUACAAGGGUCCCACCUCAUUCCCAACCAGGAAACUAAUACACCUUUUCCCUUAAAAAUACAGCUGCAACACUCACAGCAUCAAGGGAUCUCUAAGACUCCUGCCUCCUUUACUGCUGACCACCAACACUCUGAGCCCUGCAGUUCUCCCAGUUUGCCACUAAGGGGCACCAGCUGGUCCUCAUCCUACUGCCAUUCUCCAGUAACCGAAGUCAUCCAUAUGCAUGAGAAGGAAGAGGAUGAGAAAGAUGCGCCAGAGGUCAAUGUGGAACUCCAAGGGUACCGGAGUGUGCCAGAGUUAGAGGGGCGUUGCAGGAGCUAUGCCAGCCAGAGCAGCGGCCAAGCCAGCCUGGAUCAGCGCAGCAGCAGUGAGAGCAGUGGCCGAGGCAGCCUGGAUCAGCACAGUAGCAGGCAGUCCCUAUCCUUCAGCGCCCCCUUCACCUGUUUCCCCAGUGCAGCAGAGGAGAGUGACAAGGAUGAGGCAGGCCUGCAGGAGCCAACUGAGAGGGAUUGCCCCAGGAGAGGCUCUGUGGAUGAAAAUUAUGAGUGGGACUCUCACUACGUCACCAAGCAUUUCGAGGACCUGAAAGCUCCCGUCAGCAGAAGGAGCCUUGAGGGAGAAUUCCUAAGCAAGGGAAGAGGCAAGGUUUGUGCAGAGGAUGACAGCAGGCUUGCUUUAAACCAAGAAAAGAAAGGACUGUUCCCCUGGGUUAGUCUAGUGGGCUCUGUCCCAGAGUGUGCUGCACCCAGUGUCUUGACAACUGGCAGUGAAGAGUCUCCCUUGGCACAGGAGAUCCUGCAUAACUCCACAAGCUAUCCAGACCCUGAGCCUGAUGCUGUGAUGUUCUGAGCUUCCAUAGUAAGAAGGUCUGUGUAUGUGGUCUGCCAUGUUUAUGUGUGUGUCUUCACAAAUGACAUGCAAUGAAAACAAUGACAUGCAGGAGUAUACCCUAACAUCAUCCCCCCUGAAAGAAAUAUUGUGUAAUAAACUUGUGAUUAAAUUUUAUAACAAUAUUAUUCUCAGUUUAGAUCUGUUUAUCAUACAACAUUCUUCAUGUUUCUGUUCUGUGCAUUACAGUGUCCUCUCCACUGGAGAAAGGACACUGAAGAGCAUGGCUCUAAUUGAAUCUUGUUAUGACACACCCCAAUGGAUUAAAUGCCGCUCAACAUUGACAGACUCAUUUGAUGUGCAGUUCAGCAGUUACAACAACACUGAGGCAGUUGCAUUGACUGUCAACUAGGAUUUGACUGUUUUUUCCAGUAGACAUUUAAGGACUGUUUACUGUAAGAGAGGACACCUAUCUUCAUGCUGCUAUAAGAUCAAAAUAUGCAAAUGUGGAUAGUAUGGUAUUAGUCUCAUCAAGAUCAAUGACAUCUGAUCCAGAAUAAUUUCAGUGGAGAAUGAUUCACUGGAGAAUCUAGGAGAAUAAGUAUGAUUGGUUGCACCUAAUCCCAUAUGAAAGAAGAAGGCUGCCUUAUCAUUCAUCUGCAAUGACUUAGUUUCAACAAAGUGACUGACUAUUUAAAACAUAAUUCACCUUCCCUGAAGUCCACUGCAGUGUUUUCUUCUGCCCAGCCAGCUGGAACCUGAGGCUUUGAUAGGACAGCCAUGGAUGAUUUCAUCGAUCUGCCAUAACUGUCCAUAAUCCAUAAUUGACUGAUGUAAUCAGAGAAGCCAUAGGUUAUGGGAUAAAUGCGUGUGACAGACUUUCUUACCAUAAAUUCCCUCUUCAGAACUAAAUGAUGGGAUAUGUUGGGUGACGGGUGCUGCAGUGCAUGGGCUGGCAUUAAGUGUAAAAGUGCCUUAAUGGAAAGCCAUUAGUCACGGGGGUGAGAUUUACAAGGGGAUACUUGGCCUUUCCAAAAAAUUACAUUUUGUAGAUUCAAAUACCUAAGGUGAAGAACUACAUCACACCAGAAGCUGUUCUCUAAACCUUUCAUAUUCUCCUGUCCUCAUACUGUAGGUGUUUACUCUGAAUGAAUGAAUUGAUUGAUUGAUUCAUUCAGUGACAUUAGGAUUUAGUCCCAAAAUAAUUUUUUAAGGUGGCCCGAAGUACCUGUACAGUUGAACCUGUAAGUGCAUUAAAUUGCACCAUUUUAUCAUGAAAGCACAUUGUCUGCCAGAGCCAUAAUUCUUUUAUAAUGUUGUACAAUGUGGAGCAAAGCAUUAAAUGUCAAGUGAGUUUUCACAGGAGCACACUUAUCUGAACUCUGCAACUCUGAAUUUCUACUUAUUUUGCUGUUGUUAUGUCUUUGAUAUAUAGAUAGGAAAUAAAACUAGACGCUCUGUAAAAAGCAAUAUAUAUGUCAGUGACUUCUGUAUGCUCUUAUAACUCUUUGAAGGGAAAGCUUGGAAGAAAAAGCAACUGAAUAGCUGGAAAAGACUAUCAUGCAUGUGAUGUAGAGCCAAACUCUGAGGCCCCACCACAAGAGACAUGGUGGAAGCCCUUUUUCAUUUUUUUUCUUUUUUUUACAAUUUCCUAAAUGAGGCCUCCCCUGCCCUCAGUGCAUCCCCUUCGUGCCCCUCCCCUUUGCUACUGGGUGGGGACAGUCACAAUAUGGAAUUACUGACAGUAGCACAGCUAGCAAUAGCUUUCUCAGUUUAUUACCAGAGUAAAUAGGGUACACAUGUACGUAAGCAAAUACAAACACAGAUACAAAAUGAGAAUUCCAGUUGCCUUUUUUUAUCUGACAGUCUCUGCACCAACAGUUAAACAAAAUGAUUCACAUUAGAUCCAUUAUACAUAUUUUCAAAUGUCAUCUGUACUGUGAAAUACCUGUUGAAUUAUCACUGUAAAUUCAUUUUAUAAAAGAUUAAAUAAAAUGUUUUCAAAACAAAAUGUAAUAAUUAAAUAAAUAACAGAUGUUUUGGUGUUCAAACACUGUCAGUUGUAAUAGGUGACAGGAAGUACCACUAAAGAAAUAUAUACACAAAGAGGUCUCAUAAUCAGCACACAUAACAGGUGUUAAAUUCACAAUUACUUCCUUAAGUGUGCUUUCCAGAGAUGAUGGCAUUCCCAGCAGGUUAUGGUAGUGCCCCUCCUCCCUCUUGUGUGGAGCAUGCUAGGUACUCUAUAAAAUACCCAGGCUGGGGACAGGUGGUAUCUUAGGGCCUCUGCUCUAUUUAGUGAGGGUCAUUACACUUUGACAUAGAUGUCCUCCUUUACAUCUCUUUCAAACUAUUUGUUUCUCUAACAUAUAUACCUCACUUGUUGGUUUGUUUGUUGGAGAGAGGCCUACUGUGUUGGUACAUGUGUCAAAUGAGCAGCUGCUUAGUUUAGUUAGAUUGUCUAGGCAUCUUUUUAUGUUUUGUGUAAGUUUUAAGGAAGGCCCAAUCUUGGUAGCCAUAACAUUCAGUGCCUGUUUCUACCUCAGUAUUUUAUGGAGAAACUCGCUUGAUCCAGCUCACAUAGGUGAGGAGGGACCACCAUAAGUUGGUUACGUGGCUAACAUUUCAGGUGAUCAGGUGACUGUGUGAUACUGUGUGAUACUUCCUGUCCCCUUUUAUAACUGAUGAUGGUAUUUGAAUUAAUGUCUUGUUUAUUUCCUUAAUAGUCCAGUGAUUUUAUUAAACAUGGUUUAUAAAAUACAUUUUUUAAAUUUCAUUUUGACAGCUACAUUGUAUGUUCGAAUCUGUCUUUCUGUUGAUUGUGUGAUUUGAAACCCCAUGACGUUACCACUGCUUGGCUCGUGGUAUUUGUUAAUAAUGAAGGGCCAUGAAAUGAGAAAUUAUGGCUGAAAUGAGAAAUUAUGACUUUGAUUACCACUGAGAUAUUAUAAACAAUGUCCUUUUUCUGGAAUAUUGAAUACUUGAUACAUUUUCUCUGUGCUACAAAUUUAAGUACACACACUGCAAAAAAUUCAGAAAAUGUAAAGCAAAUGCACAGAGGUGGUGUGGUUUCUUCCAGACUUUUUUUCUUGCAGUGUCAAUGGAGAGUUCCUCAGACUCACACUAAUAGGUUUCCAUUCCUGCCUAAGUUCAUUUCAUGUUGU